GGUGUGGUGCGGAAGAUACUAUAAAGAUGUGGCUGGUUAUGUUGUUGGCGUUUGCUAUGCCAGUUAGCAUUGCCUGCUGGCUGGUUAGUUUGGUCUACACGGCCUUCAAUGGCGGUACACAUUGUGUUAAUCCUUGGCGGUGGUUGGUGGCCACCAUCGCUCCAAUACUGAUAAUGAGAUGGGGGCUGAAGAAACGCAGUCUGGACAAGACAGGGGCAGUUGCAGGACUUGUAGUUGGUUUCGUCCUGACCAUCAGCAGUCUCUGCUUCUUCUCCAGCUUGCUAGCUUUUUUUGUACUCGCAUCAAAAGCGACAAAGUACAAAUCAUCAACCAAGAAAAAGUUUGAAGAAGAUUUCAAGGAAGGGGGUCAGCGUAACUGGAUACAAGUAUUAUGUAACGGAGGGAUCGCGGCCCAGUUUGCAGUACUGUACAUGUUAGACAGUGGGUGUACGGAGAGGAUUGUCGACUUUAAGGCCUGGUACAACUCCUCACUUUUCUCCAUGGCAGUCCUGGGCGCCCUCGCCUGCAGCUGUGGCGACACUUUUGCCUCGGAGAUUGGCACUGUUUUUAGUAUCAACACAGCUCCUAGGCUGAUUACUUCACUGCGAAUAGUCCCAAAAGGUACAAAUGGAGGAAUUACGUUUAUCGGGACACUGAGCAGUGGAAUGGGAGGGACGUUUGUGGGCGUGGCAUAUUACCUGACCCUGUUAAUGUGUACCAGUGACUUUCAGCUACAAAAAAGCCCAGCCCAAUGGUUGAUCAUCCCAACGGCUACACUGGCAGGUCUGCUCGGCUCCACCAUAGACUCAUAUUUAGGAGCUUUAUUCCAGUAUUCAGGAUUCGACCGAGAGAAAAACUGCAUAGUGGAGCACCCUGGACCAAACAUCGAAUUUAUCAGCGGAUCGGAGGUCCUGGAUAACCACAGUGUCAACCUACUGUCUGCUCUCUUAACCGGACUGUUAACACCGAAGAUAGCCUUUCAUCUGUGGCAGUGUGUCGUCUGAGCAACUGUAUCAGGGAUCCUAGGGGUUUAACAGGACUUAUAACACUCAAAAUCGCCUUCUAUACCUAGCAUUGCGAAUAACAACCAAGAAAUCGCCUUCUAUACCUAGCAUUGCGAAUAACAACCAAGAUCACUUUCUAUACCUGCCAUUGGGAAUAACAACCAAGAUCGCCUUCAAUCUCUGGUAGUGUGAAUAACACCCAAGAUUACCUUCUAUUUUCUGGCAUUGCGAAUAACAACCAAGAUCGCCUUCUAUACCUGGUAGUGUGAACAAGAAUCAAGACUGCUUUCUAUCAGUAUAUCGUCUGAAUAUCCCUGUCAAGGAUAAACCAGACCUGAUAUUUGAUCAAACAAGGACCAAUUAAAGGCGUUUGAUAAAACGUGGGGAAAUUUUAGGCGUUUGUAUCACUGACAAUCAACAAUUGUGUAUGCUAGAUAUUGAUAGAAAGUGAGUUAGAAUGCUGAUUUGUGCAAGUCACUUUCUUUAUUUUAUAUAUAUUUUUCUGUGUUGUUAAGGUUUUAUUGUGAUCCGUUAUUCUGAGAAUUGCAUUACGCAGAUAUUGAUACAUUUAGUAAUUAUUCAAAAGUCUUCUACCCAGGACCCUAAUAGGGUGUAAAUCAAAUACUCCUCAUAGAUGGAAGGAUCAUAGGAUGCUUUACCAAAAUUGUGAAUUUUAUUACUUUUUUCGUGUCCCUCCUGGUGAUUGGAUAAAGUUUACUAUAGUGCAUAUAAGACGAUCAUAUUUGUGUGCAUCAUUUGUUAGAUUACCAUUGGAAAUAAUCAGCAUGGGCUGGCGCUUUGCUUGUAUACGCAUACAAAAAAUGUAUUUCCAAGGCUCGCUAAAAUAUGAUCUACUAUGAAAUGUUUCAUAAAAUCUCAUAUGAAGUGAAAACUCAUUUAAGAUCAUAUAUACAGCGGACACUGUCUAAACCGGACUCUAGCAGGACUACAUAAUCAGGCCGGAUCGUAGAGUUGUCUAAACCGGACUCCGUCAGGACUGCAUGAUCAGGCCGGAUCGUAGAGUUGUCUAAACCGGACUCUAGCAGGACUACAUGAUCAGGCCGGAUCGUAGAGUUUGUAAUUGUGACUGACAUGAUUACGUAAAACAUUUUAAUCAACAACCAGCAUCAUCUGUAAAUGUAGUUCAGGUGUUUCGGCUGACUGUGUCUUCAUUGCAUGGCCAAUUGCUAAUUUUCCCGCAGAGGUAUUUGUACGGUAUGUACACUGGACAGAAAGAAGUUUACUAGCGUUAAGAAGAACAGAGAAUAGACAGAGACUGGAUUAGUCAGAGUUUAACAACUACAGAGAAAGACAAUUUCGGGACAAAUGUAUUCGACCGGUUUAGACAAAGUUCCGGAUUCAUCAGAUUUCGGUUUAGACAGAGUCCACUAUCAGCAAAUAUAUAUAUAUAUGUUUCACAAGUUGUAUAGACUUUUCUUCACCUGUAACUUGGCAUCAAUAUCAUGUUUUAUAUUCAAAUGCUUUUUUCCCGUGAUGCAUAAUUAGCUGUUGCAAGAUUAUUCGAUUAUCUGAAUUUAUGUGAGUAUGAAUGCAAUUACUGUGAUGAUAUUCAAGGCAAAUGAUAAAAUUAAACAUAUUUGUGCAUGCAGAAACACUGAAUGAAUGCAAUUGUGAGUGGAUGAGAAUAUGUUUGAUUAUGUACUCAUUUUAGUAAUAUCUACAUGUAUGUUUAUUUUAUUUAAAUCAAUGAAACCUUUCCGCAAGGCAUCUCUGCCUUCAUAGGCUUCAAUGGACGAACUUAAUACAUAUAUAGUAUGAUAAAGAGAGCUGUAAAAAUAGAACUCUAAAUUAACAUUUUACAUAUUCUGGAUCUCAUUUAAAAAUAGAUGUACGUUUGUGAGCUCAAUAUCGACGAUAUCAUUACGAUUUUUGGUCUACUAAGAUAUCCGUCUGGUAGCAUGGUUCUUGCCUAGUCACUGAUCUUGUAUUGAAUUGUCAGCUUAUUGGUUUUAAUUUUAAGUUUAAACAAACCACCAAAGAUUGUUCAAACGAACGUUUAAUGUAACUAUGAAAUAAUGACUACUUUCAAUGUAAUACAUGUACAUGUACUUAUGUCAAUACCUUCGAAUGUCUGAUUCAGUUUAACAAUUAUAACUCUACUAUGUCUAACUCUGAAUUUGUCUUGAAAGGUGCUAAUAUCCUGUGACUUUUUACAAUCCUUGGAACCAUGUUAAGCAGAUAUAUUGUAUCCGCGAAUUCCUUAAUUAAAAUGUCAUUUUUAUAUUACGGAAGUCAGACUAUUACUUUGAUUUUUGUUUGCAUUUCUGUGUUAAUUAUUUACUGAUAUACACACGUAUUUAUUAAACCAUUCUGUAAAUCUCUUAAAUUUCGCAUUGGAUCUUUUUUCACAAUUAUUUUUACAAAAAUAACUCCAGAUGGCGGUCAACCAAUCGGUUACCGAUUAAAGGAGUCUUCCUGUAACCUUGACUCUAAUAGCUCAUCAUUCGCGAAUUUACAGUCAUUUCUAGGUCAGUGCUCGCAAAAUGAUGUUUUUGCGAAAUCUAAGGGAUUUACAGAACUAGGGAACUCACAUGUGCAAUAUGGUCUGUAUGUGUUCAUUAUCAUAUUUUUCCAGUGGUAGUCGCUGGAUCAGCCAAUGUCAGUUGUACCUUUCCAGUGAUAGUCACUGGAUCAGUCAAUGUCAGUUGUACCUUUCCAGUGAUAGUCACUGGAUCAGUCAAUGUCAGUUGUACCUUUCCAGUGAUAGUCACUGGAUCAGUCAAUGUCAGUUGUACCUUUCCAAUGGGUCGCUAGAUCAGCCAAUGUCAGUUGUACCUUUCCAGUGAUAGUCACUGGAUCAGUAAGUGUUAGUUUUACCUUUCAAAUGGGUCGCUGGAUCAGUCGGUGUCAGUUGUACCUUUCCAGUGGUGGUCGCUGGAUCAGUCAGUGUCAGUUGUAACCUUCCAGUGACGGUCGCUGGAUCAGCCAAUGCCAGUUGUACCUUUCCAGUGGUGGUCGCUGGAUCAGUCAGUGUCAGUUGUACCUUUCCAGUGGUUGUCGCUGGAUCAGCCAAUGCCAGUUGUACCUUUCCAGUGGUGGUCGCUGGAUCAGUAAGUGAUAGUUGUACCUUUCCAGUGGUAGUCGCUGGAUCAGUCAGUGAUAGUUGUACCUUUCCAGUGGUAGUCACUGGAUCAGUCAGUGUUAGUUGUACCUUUCCAGUGAUGGUCGCUGGAUCAGUCAGUGAUAGUUGUACCUUUCCAGUGGUAGUCGCUGGAUCAGCCAAUGUCAGUUGUACCUUUCCAGUGAUGGUCGCUGGAUCAGCCAGUUUUAGUUGUAACAUUCCAACGGCAGUUGCUAGAUCAGCGGUGUUAACUGUCAUUUUAAUUUUUUAGAAACAUUGCAUGAUAUUUAUCAUUUCAAAGAGAACUGUUGCAGUAAUCUUUUGUCAUAUACAUACUUUAAGUAAUGCUGUGUAGUCAUGAAACAACAUUUAUAUGUCUAAUUGAAAUUUAACUCUUUAAUUUCAGAUUCGUAUAAUCAUUUAAAGCUCCCCGGAAAGUAUUUGAAUACAUAAGGACAAUUAAACAUAUACACUGCUGUGUAGAGCCAAACACAUUAGUCCAAGUCAAUAUAUUUUUUUUCUGCAUAAUAUCUUGCAAACAAGCUUAGUAUUUUGAUACAAUCGAAAUUAUGGAAAUCUUUACUUAAGUUUCAAGUUGAUAUCCACAAACAGUCAUUGUUCGCACUACUAAUGAAAGCAGAUAAAGGUCGCGAUUCACUUCCCUUUCUAUACUGCACAUACCUUGUGAUAGCAGUCCUCAGGAAUUUGUAUAACUGAUGUACUUUUUACGGUUAAUCUAACCAUCAGGUUUACAUAUAGGAAAUGAUCCGUAUAUACAACGGAUCGGUAAAAACGUGUUAAAUGGUUUGUACCUGUUACCUGUGGAUCAGCUGAACCAUUGUUCUCCAUUCAUCAGAGAAAACGAAAAUGUGAGGACUUUGUUCUGCUGUGAAUUACGUAGGUCAUUUUUCUCACCCCAAGAAAUAUACGAUAUUUCUUGAUAAAGCGAUAUAUAUUUUUUACCUGAUUUCUGGUAACUUUAAUCUUGUUAAUUAGCGUUCGAUUUCAAUACACUCCUUAUACCGUAGUGAGAGUAUAUACCUGUGUGGGUCUGUGAGUGUGCACGAGAUACGAUCUCUUACCUGUGAAGGGAUUUAGCCAGCUGUGUCGGAGGUACAAACGCUCACUGUAUUUAUGGGACAGAUCGGAUGUGAUGGAACACCACAAAAAGACUUUCAUUUUUGCUUGAUUACUUAUCGGAUUCCAUCCCACAGGUGAAUAGAACUUUGUUUUAAUGUGCUAGAUUCAUAUCGGGCUUAUUCAGCUAUGAUCAGAUUCCACACACAAACAAAUUUGAACCGUUGAUACGUACAAGUCAAUAUAUAAAAAUCACUAUUAACUCGCGAAGCCAUACUCCGUAAGGGAUACAAAUUAUAAAUGAUUUAAUGAUCAAUAAAAUUAACACCUAUAUAUUGGCACACAUAUUCAGAAUAUUUUCUUUGUUGAGGCAAAGUAAAAUAUAUAUAUAAAAAAACAAACAAUUUUGAUUUUCAUCGCAAAGGCGCUGUUAAAUUCCUUUUACAAGUACAAUAAAAACAUAAAACAUCGAAGUCCACAAGGUGUGUAGUAAAACGUCAUUAUGUGUGGUAAAACGUCAUGAUGUCAUUAUGUGUAGUAAAACGUAAGAAUACAUUUAAACAUUACACAGUAACAACUGUAAAGUGUGUUAUUACAGCAAAUCAAAUAAUAGUAAUAAAUAGGCAUUGUUUUCGCAUAACGCAAUUCCUGACAAGAGUCACUCGUUUGUCUAAUUAUAUCCUGGAAAUCCUAUUGUAAAUAGAACAAUGGCAGCUGUAAUUCUGAUUGGACAUAGCUCAAGGAUGCAUUAGGCCUACCAGGUGAUGUUUAAGAAAUGGUAUAGAGUAAGAGUAUCUCCUACUCACAAAUCCUAAUUACGAGAUUAUUCUCAGCACUAUCCGGUCUGCAUCACUCCCCCCCCCCCCCCCCCCUCCCCUCCCCGCUCACAUGUAUAUAUUCCCCCUAACUCCUUUGCAUUCCUGACUUCCUCUGUAUACCCUCACAAUACUAAAUUCACACUAAAAAAAAUCACAAUUACUUACACAGAUUCUUUUUUACUUUCCUUCCAGAAAUGAUAUCUAUUUCUCGAAUUUUGGGUUCUGCAUAGUCCUAAAUCUUGUAAGCUUUAUCGUAAAUGCUGUCUAAUACUUAACAACUUUGAUUUAUACAUUUUAUAGACUUGUCAAUAUAAAAUUUACUCUGUAGAGUGGUUGUAUUGUUAGUCAAUAUUUAUAAAUGUUUUGUUUACCGUCUAGGUAAGGUUACAUAAGGUGUACUUUGACCAGUAUCGACAGGAAACAACAUCUCGAUACUCGUGGACGGCGGAUCAUAUUUAGUUAAGUCGGCUAGUGAACAGGUUACAUGUUAACGCGAGUUCUACAUCCGGCUAGUGAACAGGUUACAUGUUAACGCGAGUUCUACAUCCAUAUGCGCUUAUUCCUCGAACAUGUUUUCGUGUUAAGUGAAAAUAUAGACACAAAGGAGUAUACUAUUCUUUAUUGUCUUUGUAUUCGAUAACUUUAUUGUUUAUGUUUUUUACAAUUGUUAUUUUUCAAUUGUUUAUGUAAUGAACAAAUAAUCUUUCAUUGCCAUUGUUUUUAACCUUUCACUCAAACACUUUUGUAUGGAACCUCCAGAAGGUUUUAAUAUUUUUUAGUUGGAACUGAUGGAUUGUCCAUCACCAAUUGACGGAAGUAAAAAAAGUGUUUGGUCCUUAGCAACGCUUAUCUUGUUACCUUUCAAUCGAUGGUAUAUAUGAAUAGGUUUUAUAUUUACCAAUGCAUGCAUUUUGUAAUAAAAUAUACAUAUAUGAAA